GCCAAGUGAUGCAGCUCAGCCACUUCGACUACCUCCGCCGCGCCGUGGAGGCUCUGGUGGUGGGCUCCUCCUUGGCGCUGCAGGUCGCCGCCUUUGCCAACCUUGCAGAGUUCAACUGCGCGGUGAAGCAUGCGCCCCGGGUGGCCCUGGUGAGCCUGACAGAG